AUGCGUUCUUUCAUUGCUGCUUUCCUCAUUGCUGGCGCUGCCGCUAGGUCGACUGCUGACUACACAGCGUGCGCGGAGGCCCUCAUCAACAGCGCGAGCCUGCCUGACUUCUCCGACUGCUCCGAUCUGAGCAGCGUUCAGUGCUUCUGCGCCAACAAGGACGCCCUCGACAACAUUGGCGAUGGCGCCGCGGAGGCCUGCACCGGCACGGGAAUCACUAUGAACGACCUCUCGGGAUCCCUGUGCAAGAGCAACAACGUGGAAGCCGGCGCCCGCCACGCCAGCAAGCCCAUGGAACCCGCCAACCACAAGCGCGCCUACGCACCCGAGGCCUCCGCCGAAGUGCGUGUGGUGACCGUGACAGAGACACAGUGCUCAUGCAAGAGCACCCAGAGGGCAAUGAUGCCGGGGGUUUCGCAGAUCCCCAUCGACGUCCCCGCGGCGAGCAGCAGGGCCACCCCGUCUUCGUCAAUGGGCAUGAUGUCCUCGUCUUCUAUGCUCUAUGGCUCGCACUCUGCUACUCCCACUCCCAGUGGUGCGAGUGCUAGCCGCUUCCAGGCCUUCCAGGGUGCUGCCCCUGCUGGCUCGGCGGUGCAUAGCGGUGUUGCCGCUCUGGGUGUGGCGGCUGUUAUGGCUCUCAUGGUUGCUCUGUAA